CAGACUGGUCACUUUUCUGCACAUUGGAUAGAGCCAUUUGGGCACAAAGAUAUAGGAUACAGACUGGCAGGAAUCCAAGUCAUGAUCAGUUGGACCAUUGGCCAUUGGCCAGGUAUUGGUUCUGUACAGGUGUAGAGACAUUUCUAUCUGGCAACUGAUGAUGCUCCGUCUGCUGACUUCCCAUUGGCUGCAGUCUUUGUCAGUUCUGAGAACAUCAAUUCCUGAGUGUUAUAUUUCUCCAGACUGCAAACAUGAAGGGAGGCUGGGCAGUGCUCCUGCUCUGUACCUGUGUGUGCUACUCAGUUACAGGGUUCGUGCUGGAGGAGAUCACAGACUGCUAUUUUGGUGACGAGGGGACAAAUGUUACGUUUAAUUAUCGACUGAACUUUAACCGUCAGCCCAUAGUGGUGUUCUCCAAGGAUGACAGGAUGUUUUUACCAUCGGAAAACUGCAUCCUUCAGCUGAGGAGAGUGGCAGAUGAUAUCUGUCUUACACUCAACCAUGGUAAAAAACACAUGGUGAAAUAUAUAGAAGAGAAGGAGAGAAAGUGUGGGAAGGAAGUGGCAGAAUAUUGGGGAAGCACCGUGCAAAGAACUGCCAAGCCCUCCAUGAAAGUUUUUAUCCCUGACACAUUUCGUGGCCAGGCUUCACACACUCUUGUUUGCCAAGUUUGGGGUUUUUAUCCCAGUGAUAUUAUUGUGAGCUGGCUAAAAAAUGAUGUUACUGUAAGUAACAUGUCAAUGGCUCUCCCAAAUGGGGACUGGACAUACCAGACCAAGGCCGAACUAGAUCUGAUAGAUUCCUUGCCUGAUGAUGAAUACCAAUGUGUCGUGCAGCAUCCCAGCCUGGAAAAUAAGAUGACAAUAACUUGGAAACAGGGAUUUACCUCAACUCAGAUUGUCAAAAUCUGUAUUUCUUCAGUAAUAUUUGCUUUAGGAUCAAUAUCUGCCAUAACAGGACUUUUAUACCGGACAUUUUUCAAGCAAAGUGGUUACAUUCCAAUCCAAGGAUACAAUGAUGUGGACUAACAUUACUUCAGGUCACUAUGGAAUCCCCAAUCACUGGAUGAAGAUAUCUCUGUAUUCUGCAGGUCACUAUGGAAUCCCCAAUCACUGGAUGAAGAUAUCUCUGUAUUCUGCAGAACACUAUGGAAUCCCCAAUCACUGGAUGAAGAUAUCUCUGUAUUCUGCAGGUCACUAUGGAAUCCCCAAUCACUGGAUGAAGAUAUCUCUGUAUUCUGCAGGUCACCAUGGAAUCCCCAAUCACUGGAUGCAGAUAUCUCUGUAUUCUGCAGGUCACUAUGGAAUCCCCAAUCACUGGAUGAAGAUAUCUCUGUAUUCUGCAGAACACUAUGGAAUCCCCAAUCACUGGAUGCAGAUAUCUCUGUAUUCUGCAGAACACUAUGGAAUCCCCAGUCACUGGAUAAAGAUAUCUCUGUAUUCUGCAGAACACUAUGGAAUCCCCAAUCACUGGAUGCAGAUAUCUCUGUAUUCUGCAGGUCACUAUGGAAUCCCCAAUCACUGGAUGCAGAUAUCUCUGUAUUCUGCAGGUCACUAUGGAAUCCCCAAUCACUGGAUGAAGAUAUCUCUGUAUUCUGCAGGUCACUAUGGAAUCCCCAAUCACUGGAUGCAGAUAUCUCUGGAUGCAAAACAAGUCCCUCUGAUGCCACAAAAAUGAAUAAAAAAAUACACUCAUAGGCAAAUCAUGCUCAGGCCACAUAGCUUGUCUCUCACGUAUAUGGAUUUUCUCUGUGUUCUGCUGUAGUCGUGAUCAGGUGUGAGUAGGCUCACCAUCUUUCACGGAAAGAGCUCCAGGAUAUUUCUAAAUGGGCUAUAUCUAGAGGGGAGUGUCUGUGCGUGUGGCCUUUAUAAAUGGUUUUCCAAUGGCUGGCAAAGUGUCUAAUUUAGUUAUUUUUGGGUGCAAUAAAGCUCAGUAUAAUACGGUGA